AUGUCCGUGGUGGCUCCCCUGGUGAAUGGCAUUUCGCCAACGCCAGGUUUAUCUUUAAACGAGGCUGCUGAGUAUGAGACUCUACUCAAGCUUCGCGACGAGGUAUUUCAAGGGCUACAUCCUCGGCUUUCCGUGCCUGCGCAUGCCAUUCGAAAUGUUUCUACCCUCACGCCUCAACUCACUGCACAGGCCAAUUUAGCUGUCCCAUCUUCUUCGCAGCAAUCGAUACGUGAAAUACAGCCGUCGCCCACCACUGCAAUUACUACCGGCGCCUCUGUUCCCCCAGCUUCCGAAUUCAAUCCUGUUCUUCUGACCAAGUCGGACGAUCUAGUCCGCGCUGAAACUGUGCUCAAGAGACAGCGACUAGAGAAGGCUCUCAAGGAGCAAUUUGAACAGAAGAGACUGGAUGCUCGUAAGAAACCUGCGCCAGCAGAAGCCAAGCCCGACUUCGAUAUCCCCGCGCUGGUGUCCAAAGCUGUUGCCGCCAGCAAACCGGCUAUUAGCCCCAAAGACGAGGCAGAGGACAAUGAUUCGUUUGAUGAGAACUCCUUCUACUCUAGCAGAGCUCCAGACUCAACUCCGGAACGCGGUGCUCGCAGUCCUUCUCAAGAGGCCGAGGACGGUCUGACCACUGACGCUCCCUCAGGCGCACAUGUUCAGAGCGCUGUCAUGGGUGCACCCCUGGAUGCCGAUGCCGACGAUGAGUAUUCCCCUCGUCUCGCUCGACGCGAGUCUCCUGCAUAUUCUCCUACCAUGGAUCAAGACGAUGAAGAAGAAGAGGAGGAAGGCGAAUAUAGCCCCCCCGAAGCGGUCGAACAAGACACCGCUAUGCAGGAAGCUGGGUACUCAAACGUACACGAUGCCCAAGAUCCCCGCAGCCGACCAUUACGACGAUACUCGGAGGUCGAUGACGGUACUCGAGGUUCCAACAUGCGAAUAGUAAGGAACCACAUCACCUCCCCCAUUGCUCCCCAACCAUCUCGCGUAUCUCCUCUGGCUGUUGCUAAGCAACCACCUCUACAGCAGAAUACGCGUGGCCGAAGAAAUAAAAGUCCAGAUGCACAGCAUACCAAGAAAAAGCGUAAACUGGACAAACGGGAACGCAAGGCUCGUCGGAAUGGGCAAUCCCCUGGUGUGAAAGAAGAAUCACCACCACCCUUCCACGAAGUACAGCCCCUGGGCUCUGGCAGGUUCCGCCCAACCAACAUCGACCAGCCGAUCCUUAUCGACGACGCCCCACGAGAGGUCAGAUACAUGCCAGCCGCGCGACCAGUAGACUCGCCGGGCAGAUCUGCUAUCCGGUAUGCCGAGCCGGCGCUACCUAUGAGCGAACCCAGGGCCGGAUCACGAGCCGGCAUGAGGCCUAUGCGAGAUACUCAAGACCUACGACGAGUGGCCAGCAUGCACAAUGUGCGGGCUGAGAUGGGCGACGAAUUCGAUGCCUACGGGACACCAACUAGAGCCAGGGUCACAUCCUACCGGGAAAGCAGCCCUAUUGUCCGGCAGCAAGUCUUGGAUGACCCUUAUGAGCGGCAGCCUUUGCAAGAAGUUCGGGUCUCACGCACCCCCGCACCCAUCUACCGCGAUACAUACGGGCAAGAGACCUAUGUCCGUUAUGAGCCAAUGCCACCGCCCCCAGUGGAGCGAAUCGUUGUGGACGAGUAUGGCAACAAAUUCAGAGAGAUUAUUGAGCAGCGUCCUUCCGCAGACCCCAGGUCAGGUUCUGUUCGUCCUGCUGAAGCUGGCCCAGAGUACGAUGCCUAUCGAGCUGUUCGAGCUGGAUCAAUUUUCGUAGAUGCGCCACAGGAUCGGCGUUAUGCCCAACCAGACAUGCCUCCGCCACCCCCCAUAUAUCGUCAAGACGCUCCACGCGCGUCAGCCUCACAGGUGCCCAGAGAAGCCUACAGUCAGCCCGUGGCGAGGAGUGCGAGUGUCAUCAUCGAUCGGGCUCCCAGGCCCCCCGUGUACGUGGACGACAGAGGAGAAUUCCGGGAACCCGUCCGCAUGGGUAGCGCGAGGCCGGAAGCGCGUCCAUAUGAAGAAAUGCAGCCACGAGGAAUGGCAGCGCGGGCCUCGAGCGUUCGCCCCGGCGCCCGAGAAGGAACAAUGUUGGUCGAUCAGCCACGUCGUGAGUACCUGCCGGUCGAGCAGCCACGCUACCGCAUGGUGGAACAUCCUAGCGGGAGAUACUUUGACGAGCAGGGACGCGAAAUCAUCACGCAGAGAUACUAG